GUCGACUGUGAUGUAGUGACGUAGAGCGGUAGACGCUUCUCCUCGUCGUCUCGGUUGUGUUUUUUUUUCUUGUGGGAGCCGCUCGAUUUUAGUUCAGAAACAAGUGAGACGGCGCGGUAUAAUCUGUCUUUCCGCUAAAUAACGUGUAUAAAAAGCUGCUUGGCUUUCGGUUAAUAACGUGUUCGAGGUUGUCUUUAGUUUUACAGCGUGUUUGGUUUGCAGUUGUUAGCGUUAAGUGUGUCCCGACUGUCACAUCCAUCCUUAUGACAAGUUACAUGUAAAAUUUGGAGUUCGCCGCUGAUUUAUCACCAUCUCAUCAUCGACUCGAAGAAAUGGACAACGGUAACGUUACGACAACUUCUGCGUUUGGUUCGCAGGGCUAUAGUCCAACCUACAAAAGGAAAAGGACGGUAGAAGAUUUCAACAAGUUUUGCACGUUUGUGCUGGCAUACGCAGGUUAUAUUCCAUAUCCACAGGAGGAGGCACCCCUGAGGAGUAGCUCCAGCCCACCUAACAGCACAGGCAGCACUGCAGACAGUGAUGGAUGGGACAGUUCGCGCCUUGGCUGUGGCCUUCCCUCGCCAGACGAGCCUCCGCCCAAAAGCCGAAAGAGCUUCGCCGGGUUCAAGAGGCCGGCGGUGGAGGACGCUGAGCUCCAGAAACGGCCCAAAUCAGCAGGCCUCCUCCUCGAGGGACGCAAGAAAGCUGACAAGGUCAAGAAGAAGAAAAAGAAGCCAGGGAAAAGCAAGGGCGACGAGUCCGAGACCUCUUUCCCACCAUUUCCUUCUGGCACCGGAGUAGAAAUGUCUGGCAUUGGCCGGCCCAUCAAGGAGGAGCCGGAGGAUUACCUCAGCAUCCCCACACCGUCUUCGUACAUGGACAUCAAGCGCUCAGCUCAUUCCGCCGUAAGCUGUCCGCCAGGUUCGAGCUCACAGGGCACCAUAGCCUGCAAAGAGGAGCCAGAGGCGGAGCACCCCUGCUGGCAUUCGCCUGACAGCUCGGGUGCAGAGUUCAGGAGUGAAAGCAGGGAAAAGCCGAUGCUUCCUGAGGGCGAGGCGGUGGUGAUGAAGCUGGAGGGCCUACCUGGCACAAGGACAGUGAUCCGCCAGGGAAAGCAGGUAGUGUUCCGCGACGAAGACGGCUCUGCAGACGACGAGGAUAUCAUGGUUGAUUCAGAUGAUGACUCCUGGGAUCUGGUGACAUGUUUUUGUAUGAAGCCCUUUGCAGGAAGGGCAAUGAUCGAGUGUAACCAGUGCAACACUUGGAUCCACCUGUCCUGUGCCAAAAUACGCAAGUCCAACGUUCCUGAGACGUACACCUGCCAGCGGUGCAAAGACUCAAAGUUUGACAUUCGACGCUCCAACCGCUCGCGCAUGGGGUCUCGAAAACAUCUUCUAGACUGACCCCACCCCUGCCCCUCCCCAAGUACAGACUCUAUUAAAGACAUGAGACGUACAGCAGAGGAUGGGCUCUUUGAUUGUGCUAUUAAACUUUGUUUUUGAGUUUAUAUAUAUAUAUAAUUAGUCCACCUUCCUAAAUGUUUGCGUAAGGCAAUCAAAGCCCGGAUGAUGCAUUAAAAGAGAAGAGAUUCGUACAGAUAAGACUUGAGAUAAUUUGAAGUGGACGUUGGAGUCUCAGCGGUACACGCCUGAAGACAUUACAGAACAGGUGUCAUAUUGGGAGUUGGAGAGACUGGUGGAUUGCACUUUUUUUUAAGAAAAGGGAGAGUCGGAGAGACCCUUUUAUAUCCAUAGCUUUCAAAAGUAUGUCUGUUUUGUCAAAGUGUUAAGUUAGACUUGUUCAACUCGUAUUUCCUUGUGGAACUUCUUCGAGUCCCCAAAAGUCUGAGGAAUAGAGCACUAUAGAAAAUAGUGAAAAUAUGCUAAUUUGAGGUACAGAAUCUGUCCUUGAGCGGUUUUUGGACCUUUGGAAUGAAUCAUCAAACACCCCUUCCCCCCCCCAAAGUGCUGUCCUUCACAAGUUCAUUAAGAACGCAGUGUUUCAAAAAAGCUGCUCCUACUUCUUUAUCCUUCACCAGCCUUUCAGGUAGAAAUUGUUUUAGAACAAUCCACCGCCUUUUAUUACAAACACAUCGUUACCUUCAGGUGUCUCCCUUAAGAGCUUCGACGCCCAAAGAUGCCUGGGAUACAUAGCUUGCUCAACACUGAGUGACUUUUUUUGUUUUUUGCUUUAUUAACAAAGCCUUUCACCAUUGACUGCCAUACAAUUUUUGUUUUUAAUCAAAGUGUCUUUUUUCCAUGUUGGUUGCAUGUUUUAUCUAGAGAUAACAGCCUUUUUUUCCCCUGUGAUAAUCAAAACAUUUAAUUGUUUUUUUCUCUUGUUGAAAAUGGUACAAGCCUUUGUUUAAUCUUCUAACACAACAUUUUGAUGACUAGCUCUCUCAUGUUAAAAUCGGUCACUGGAGUGCUUGGCAAAUAUUUGCGCAGAUGCCCAGGAUCCGGGCUUUGCUCAGUAAAUGUCUUAUUUUGCACCGUUCAAGUACAGCUAAAUUUUAUAGCUUAUCUUACAUGGCAGUAUGUGAAGCUACAUUGCUCUUCUAAUAUUAUUUCUGUUCUGCAACAUUUUUCUGCUGGAUGUAGCCCAGCGGUUGGGAUCGAAGGGACUAGGGCUUGUCCUCGCUGUAAAGGGAAGAACGUUUUGCCGACAUAUGCUCACUUCCACUCACAUUCCUCAGAUAUUUGCUGGUCGUGGCCAUAUGAAAUCUCAGAAGGGGAGCACAGUUUCUAGCUUGAUUGUAUUUGGACUGCAUUUUUCACUCAUGAAAACUUGCACACCACGUUCUCCAGUCUGAUUAAGCAGACAUAUAUAGACUUGUUUGAAAACUUGUUCCAUUUUGUAGUCUUUUAAUUGCACUAUGGUCAACGUUGCUUUGGAAUCUUUGAAGAAAAAUCAUAACCCUGCAUGUCUUUAAAGUUACUUGUACUUUUUUCCAUGAAGAACAUGGUUUAUGUUGGGCGUCAAACUCCAGUCUUAGAUGGCUAAAGCUUAGGUUUUACCACCUUAAAUGCACCUGAUUCAACCUGUUAGCAGAUUGGCAAGCUGUUGACAAGGUGAGGUCAUGUUAGAUGACAUGCACUCCAAGGACUGGAGCUUUACACUGAGUUUUUGAUGGCAACUGUCAGUCAAGACGUCUGCGUUGCCUGUAACGGACAGGCAUUUUCUCAUUUUCAGCUGUAAUGUUUCCAUUGCUAACUGAUGCCUGUUGACUGUGGAUGGGUAAAGUAGGUAAUGAGCAAACUGCCUGGAGUCCAACUUAACGGAUUUGCAUUUGGUUUUGAACUUGAAUUAUUUUGGGGAAAUACAGUUCGGUAUUUAUAGAUGUGCAAUGUUGUUCCCCGGUUCUGGACCAUGCAUUAAAAUGCACAACAUGGACGUUAUCCAAGGCUAUAGGCUACCACAAUAUGUAAAGAAACCACUCUUUUGUUGAGAAUUUCUUCAAAGUUUUAAUCAACUCCUGCAGUACAUGUGAUUUUAGUGUACGUAUGUGCAUUUCCCUCACCAGUGCUCCUUACAUUGACCAUAAUGUCCAAUGUUUUUAUGAUUGUCCCUAUAACUAUCUAUAAGUGGAAGUAUGUCAUUCCACAGUGGUUAGGGCAUGUACUUUUGGCAAAUGGUCUUUAAUUUAUUUACAUGUUUAGUAUGCUCUAGCUACCUUUCUGUAGCUUGGUUCUUUGGGGGCGAGGAUGACUCAUGUUUAAGUAUAAUUUCUUGUAUUAAUAAGCUUUCAUUUGCUAACCAUUUGUCCAAUAUUGGAUUUUCCUGAUAUCAAGGGUUUUUAAGUGUAACGGUUGCUGUACAUUUUUAUUUUGUACAAUCAUAAUGUGUUCUGUUUGUGUAUUAUGUCUUGGGUAGUUCAAGGCUGUUCACCCCUUUGGUUCUGUGGGGGGGAUUUGUCAGAAUUGGUAGAUUUCAAUGGGACUCACUGUGUUAAGCUUGGAGAAGGGAGUACUAGGGCCAGAGAGAGAGCAAGAGAGAGAAAAUGUUUCUGUGAAACUGAUGUAAAUAAAGAGCUAAUGAGAAUUUAACGGUAA